AUGUCUGAAGAGGAGUCGGCUGAGGCCUCCGGACACAGGAUGUUGGAGCAGGAACCACAGAACGUGGUACAGCGUGUGGUGGCCCUGCCCCUUGUCAGGACCACCUGCACUGCAGUCUCCGGGGUCUACGGAGCAGCCAAGGACAAGCACCCGCUGCUGGGCGCCGCCUGCCGCCUGGCGGAGAACUGCGUCUGCGGCCUGGCCACCUGCGCCCUGGACCACGCCCAGCCGCUGCUCCACCACUUGCAGCCCCAGUUGGCCACCGUAAAUGACUUAGCCUGCAGGGGCCUGGACAAGCUGGAGGAGAAGCUGCCCUUCCUCCAGCAGCCCUCGGAGAUGGUGGUGACCUCAGCCAAGGACGCAGUGACCAGCGGUGUGACAGGGGUGGUGGACCUGGCGAAGCAGAGCCGUCGCUGGAGCGUGGAGCUGAAGCGUUCAGUGAGCCACGCCAUGGACGUCGUGCUGGGCAAGUCCGAGGAGCUGGUGGACCACUUCCUGCCCAUGACAGAGGAUGAGCUCGCGGCGCUCGCAGCCGAGGCUGAAGGUCCGGAAGUGGCUUCAGUGGAGGAACAGAGGAAGCAUCAGGGCUACUUUGUGCGUCUGGGCUCCCUGUCGGCUCGACUCCGCCAGCUGGCAUACGAGCAUUCUCUGGGGAAACUGAGGCAGAGCAAGCACCGUACCCAGGACACGCUGGCUGAGCUGCAGGAGACGCUGGAGCUGAUUGACCUCAUGCAGGGUGGGGCCAGCCCUAUCGUCCCCGCCCACCCCGGGAAAGUGCAUCGGCUCUGGGGAGACUGGAACCAGCAUUCUCCAGAGAAUGGCCGGCGCCGGAGCCAGGUGGAGCUGGAGACGCUGGCGCUGUCGCGCAGCCUGAUGUGGGAGCUGCAGGGCGCGGCGGACGCGCUGCAGACGAGCGUGCGGGGCCUGCCGCCCAGCGCGCAGGACAAGGUGGCCGAGGUGCGGCGCAGCGUGGACGCCCUGCAGGCCGCCUUCGCCGACGCGCGCUGCUUCGGGGACGUGCCCGCCGCCGCGCUGGCCGAGGGGCGGGGCCGCAUGGCGCGCGCGCACGACUGCGUGGACGAGCUGCUGGAGCUGGUGCUGCAGGCCGUGCCGCUGCCCUGGCUCGUGGGGCCCUUCGCGCCCGUCCUCGUGGAGCGGCCCGAGCCCCCCGCCGACCUGGAGGUGCUGGUCGACGAGGUGGUCGGGGGCCGGGACCCGCGCUGGGCGCACCUGGACUGGCCGGCACAGCAGAGGGCAUGGCAGGCCGAGCACGGGGACGGCCCGGGGAGCCAGGGGGGCGUCGCGGAGGAGGAGGCCGAGUCCCCCAGCCGCCCGGUCAGACACACGCUCAUGCCCGAGCUGGACUUCUGA